AUGUUUGUGCUUGUCGCUCUUCUCUUUUGUGUGCUUGCCGCACACGUUCGCUCCGACCACCUUUCUGCCAAUGGUUCGCUGGCCAUUGGAUGCGUCCUCUCUCCAACGGAGCCCUAUGUGUGUGACGUCUUUGAGGAGCUGCUGGCUGAGCACGCGCCUUGGAACUUCACCAUGUAUCGGAUGAACGAGCUGGAGAUGCUGGAUGCUUCCAGCCACCUGGACUUUGCCCUCAUCAACACCAAGACUAUGGCGUGCCUACAGGAAGAGCAAGCAAUCUCUCCGGUUGCAGCAUUUGGACUGCCCAGCAUCUUCAAGCCUGGCAGCGACAACAAGGACGACUUUGUGUUUGACAGCGGUGGCGUGCUGUUCACCCGGCGCGAGACAGAUCUGGUAUCGCUGAUUGACCUCAAGGACAAAGUAGUUGCUGGCACAACAGUCACUGACUUUGCCUCCACGCUGUCCGUUUAUGCCGAGUACCUGGACAAGGCAAACCAUGACCUGAUGGACGACGCUGAAAUGUUGCAGUUUCUUGGAACACCAGAACGUGUGCUGGAGGCUGUGUUGUCUGGCACGGCUGUUGCCGGGAUGGUACCGACGGGCUUCUUGGAGAAGGCCGUGCAAGCUGGGUUGGUUGACUGGCACACCAUCUCCGUGGUAUCUCAGCAGCCCGUGGUGAAGAACAACGGCGAGUACUUUGCCUACGCGAGCUCCACUCCCGUGUAUCCGAGCUGGACAUUUGCCGCCAUGCGACCACUCACUUUGGAUGAGCGCGAUGAGAUGCAUCACGCCAUCUUUGAUGUGAAGAGCAAGAAGGCCCAGUUCGCGAGUCCUCGCGUGGUGGCCAGUGUCUCCGAGAUUCUGCAAACGGUUGGGGUUGUGGAACGUGACCUGAUCCAUCCACUGCAGACACAUUGUGUUCGCAGAAUGUCCCAUGUCGUGUUUCGGCAGCACGACGCCAUGUUUGAGAACGAGACGGCACCGCCACUUGGCACUGUGCUCUUGGCGGAGAAAGUGCAACAGUCUCGCGCGCUCAUCGAGCGAGAGUUUGUGCACGUGAACGUCCCGAACGUGGAAGGGUACACAAUUUGUGCACAGGACACGUUUACCAUUGAACACACGGCCUUGCACAACUUGUGUCCUGGCGCGGCGAUUCCGGAACACGGUUGCGUAAUCUGCCGUCCGUGCCGACACACGCCUCCAGUUGUGCUCCACUCAAGCCCCAGCUUGUUUCGAGCAGUGGUUACCCUUGAAGAUGAAAUAGCAGCACGCGACAUUAUUUCAAGCUCUUGUCUGCGAAUGAAGGUCUGCGCAACCAUCCAGCAAGGCAGUACUCAGUUCAUCGUGGUUGAAGACAGACUGUCUGCUUCACGGGCAAUCACGGACCCCGAUGCUUAUUUUCACGUGACUGUGACAUGGGACGACGUGGGCACUUACACGACAGCUGCUGCGCAAGUGCCAGGCUACCACCACAUGUCGACCAUCAACUUUACCGCCUAUCAUUAUGGCCUCGCCGCCGUGAACGUCCUCAUUGCAAGUCCAGGCACGUCAGAGGAGGCAUGGACGCACGUCGACGCCAGCCCGUUCUUGAUCAGAGUAACCCCUCGCGACUGCCCACCUGGGAUGGAGGCAACACAGGACAACACGUGCGUUUGCCCCGUCGGCACGCUCCACAUCAGCGGCAGUUGCAUGCAGGCAAAGGAGUACCUGCCCAUCUUCAUCGGCAGCGCCCUGGCUGUGAUUGGCAUCGGCGUGUACAUUGCCAUUGCCAUGGUGCGGCGAGGCGCAGACAAGCUGUGGCAGAUUGACGCGGCAGACGUUGUUGUGAGCGACCCGCCCGAGGUGCUUGGGAUGGGCGCGUUUGGUGUUGUGAUCAAGGGGGAGCUGAACGGCACCGCCAUCGCCAUCAAGCGCGUCAUGCCGCGGGCCUCGCGUGCAGGUGCACGUGCUCCUGACGGCACAGUGACAGGCACGUAUCAGGCAUCAAGGACAGCCAACGGCUUUGGCUUGCAGCUGGGCAACAUGGACAACGAGGCAGCGAUUGAGCGGGCGCUGGAGCAGGGCAAUGCAACCACCCAGGGCACCACACACAGGAUGAGCAAGACAAAGAGGCUCACAAACGCAAAAGCCGAGUUCAUGGAGGAGAUGCGGCUGCUGUCACGGCUGCGCCACCCGUGCAUCGCCACCAUGCUUGGUGCCAUCAUGACCAAGUCGCGAGAGUUUCUCCUUGUCAUGGAGCACCUCGAGCACGGGUCGCUGUAUGACUUCCUGCGCAAUGAUGAGCUGCCGACACCAGACAUGUUCUUGCUGCCCAUUGUCAAGGACAUUGUGUCUGGCAUGCGCUACAUCCACAACCUCAAGCCACCGGUUGUGCACGGCGAUCUCAAGGCGAAGAAUGUGCUUGUGGAUGGCAACUUCAAGGCCAAGGUUGCUGAUUUCGGGCUGUCGCAAAAGCAGCGUUUUGGCUGUGGCACCCCCUUCUGGAUGGCGCCAGAGGUGCUGCGCGGAGGAGAGGUGACGCGGGAGGCGGACGUGUACAGCUUCGCCAUCACGGUGUACGAGAUCUACAGCCGGCAGGACCCGUUCCCAGAGGAGGACGCGUCGGAGGUGCUGCGUCAGAUUGCCGCGCGCCAGGUGCCGGCAAAGCGACCCGACAUCCCAGCCUCGUGCCCCGUCAUGCUGGCUGAGCUUGCGCGGCGGUGCUGGUCCGAGGAGCCCAAGUUCCGGCCAACGUUUGACCAGGUGGAUGCGCAGCUGGGCGAGCUCAACAUCAGCAAGGUGGGCGCAAGCCUCAUCCAGCAGAAGCAGGACGCGCUGAAGAAGGCCACGGUGCUGCACGACGUGUUCCCGCCGCACAUUGCCAAGAUGCUGGAGGAGGGCAAGAAGGUGCACCCGGAGCACAAGGACGACGUGACCAUCUUCUUCUCCGACAUUGUGGGCUUCACCAACAUCAGCGCGCAGCUGACGCCGGCGGCGGUGUCGGACAUGCUGGACCGGCUGUACUCUGCCUUUGACGAGCUGACGGAGAAGCACGGCGUGUUCAAGGUGGAGACCAUUGGCGACGCGUACAUGGCGGCAACAAACCUUGUCAAGCCGCAGCACGACCACGCGCUCCGCAUUGCGCAGUUUGCGGAGGACGCCAUCAAGGCGGCGCAGUCGACGUUCAUUGACCCUGAGCGGCCGGAGCUGGGGUGCGUGAACAUCCGCGUUGGGUUCCACUGCGGCCCUGUCGUGGCCAACGUUGUUGGGCGGCGCAACCCGCGGUACUGCCUGUUUGGGGAUACGGUGAACACGGCGUCGCGCAUGGAGAGCUCGAGCGAGCGCAACAAGAUCCACGUGUCGACGUCUGCGGGAGACCGCGUGCGGAGCCAGGCGCCGUGGGUGAAGCUUGAGUCGCGCGGGGUGCAGAACAUCAAGGGCAAGGGCGAGAUGCUGACAUACUGGCUGGUGAGCACGAGGAAGCAUGAGCAGACGGGGCGUGUUGCCAUUGCUGAGAACGAGGCCACCGUCAUUGACAUGGGCGAGGGUGAUGGCGAGGGUGAUGGUGAUAAUGUUGACGGUGAUGAUGAUGUUGACGGUGACACGGGUAGCCGGAGGAAGAGUGCCCAGCCGAAGGACAGCGUUGGGGGCGGGUUUGUGUUCAAGAAGAAGCGUGCGUCGUCGAUUGGGCGGCGGUCGACAGGAGCACAUGAGGGCGGCGCAUCGGCGCGGGUGUCAUUGAGCUCCGUGUCGUGGCUCAACGAUGCAGAGGCGUUUGAGGCCCUGUCGCGUGACAGCGUUGGUAGUCCUCGUACUUCGACAGCCUCGCAACAUCAUGGACCCCGGUUCGCAACACGUGCCAAUGUGAUUCAGGAUGUUGCUGCUGUUGAUCAUGAUACCGAGACCCUCCCCGCCUCCGAUACAGGCAAGGCGCAACUUGAUGCGGGGAGCGUUGCUGAUGCCUAUGCUGAAGACUCCUCGUUGUCGUCCAACACCCGCACUGGUGUUGCAGCUUUGCUCAUGAACCCAAACAUUCAACGUGCCGUUCUUCUUGACGCUUACCGCGGCGACAGUCAGUCCGACGAUGGUCUUGGUGGAAGUCUUUCCCCACUCGCCAACGUUUCACCUGUGGACAUUCCCCGUGACGAGGAACGCGCCACGCUGUCUCAUGGCAAGCUGUCUGAAGUGAGCCUGUGCUGA